CAGACUUGCGCUAAACGUGAGACGGAGAGCGAUUCGCUUAGAUUCGAGUACAAGCCUCACCUCCUUCAAUCAUAGCGGCGCAGGAGGUGUUCGUUGCUGCCAUUUGUUCUUUUUGUUUUUGCAACGUCACGUUUUGAUGGUGGACUCGCCAACACCAUGACCCACCGACCCAUUCCGGCCGUUGGGCUCGCGUCUGCGAUUCUCCAGAUCCUCGACUUUUCCAUCAAGUGCCUGCAGAAGCAGAACCAAAUAUUUCAACCCAGCGAUUCUGAAUCCACCCCUGUGGUAGAGAAUGCGCAGGUGCUGCAGAGGAUUGUGGAUAAUUUGUACCGCCUGACGGAUGCGAUUGAUCAUUCUGAACUCAAGAAACUCAGCGAUGGGAGUAAAAGCAAGCUGAGUGAGCCGGCGCAACAGCUUCUCAAGAUCAGCGAGGAGACGAAGGAACUGACGGGCCCGCUGGUCGAUGCGCUGCUGCAGACGCAGGCGAAAGGCAGUUUUGGCGAUCCGAGAUGGGGCACCGCGCGUGAAGCGCUGUGUAAUGGGGUCUGGAAAGAAAGGGAUGUUACGGGGUUGAAGAAGAAAUUGAGGGCUGUGAGGAAAGAGGUUGAUGUUGCGCUCUUGCUUGCGCUGAGACAGUAUCUCGAUCAGUCCGCUGAAACAGGACUCCCUGUGUUCAGCGAGGAAGGACCGCGUAUGCCGCACUGGGAGAAGUGGCAGAAUGAAUCACUGGAUGCUGUGCAUGCUAAUGAGUGGAAACCGAAGAGCAAGAAGAAUGUUGAAGAGUUCUCGAAGCAGGUUGACCAGCUGAUUGCCGCGGCGAACGAGGCGCAUUUCUGCGAUCAGGUUUUUGAGAUAUUGGCCUUUGAAGAACUGGAUGAUCGGUUGCAUUCCAUUGCUACGCCGCACGAGGGUACGCUGGAGUGGGCGUUUGAUGAACAGCAAACUGCUGAAGGGGGUGUGCUCGAGUGGCUGGGGAAUCAGAGGGGAGAGAGUCUAUUUUGGAUUACAGGAAGACCUGGUGCGGGCAAGACGACACUGAUGAAGAAUCUGUUCCGGAAUGAUCGGAUUUUCGACUACCUGGAGGCAUGGUCCGGACAUGCACCAGGUAUCACAUCUGGAUUCUUUUUCUGGAACAGCGGGACCGAGCUGCAAAAAUCUGGACUUGGACUACUACGUUCGUUACUGUACGAGUCUCUGCAAGACAUGAUCUAUGGGCCUCUAGAGCAGGACUUGGGGAUCAUACAAUACCUCUUUGCAGACCGAUGGGAGCAGUUCCGCUCCUACGGCGGCGGCCUCGACUCCCUCUCCUACACCGAACUACGCUGCGCAUUCGAACUCAUGAUCUCAGAUACAAGCAAAAAGUUCCUCUUUAUGAUUGACGGCCUUGACGAAAUCGAUGAAGCGGGAGAUCUGGUCGACGUAAUCCCUCCUCUCAUCAACGCUAGCAAAAAGGAAAACGUCAAAAUCCUCGUAUCAAGUCGCCCCUCCCCAGCCUUCCAAGAAGCAUUCGAAAAGCGCCCGAGACUAUGGGUCGACGACUACACAACAAACGAUGUGCACGCGUAUAUCCUUCACAACUUCGGCCAAGACGAGUCUCUCGCAAAACUACGCGGCAACACCGUCGUGCCAGAGGAAAUGGACAUUGUCUCCAUGCUAUCCGAGACCUCAUGCGGGAUCUUCCUCUGGGGUAUCCUCGCAACCAAGUUCCUGCUGCAAGAACUCACAGGCAACGAUAACUUCACAACCCUUCAAAACCGCGCAGAAAUGUUGCCAUCAGAUCUCGACGAGCUCCUCUCACACAUCAUGUCCAACUUCGAGCCCACAGACCUCGAACAGGCGUGGAAGAUCAGCGUCCUGAUCGAAGCACACGGCUACCCAAGCCUCCUGCCUCUCUCCUUCGCACUCUCCAGUGACGAAAAGAGCAGUGUAGCAGCCGGUCGGCACCCCCUGAAGACUGCUGAGGUGGCGCAGAGGAUAGACGAUAUGCGACAAAUCCUGACCUACAAAUGCCGCAACUUGUUCUCCAUCUUCGACACUUCAGCACCAGACCAACUCACCCCUUCCAUCGACAGUCCAGAGAGUCUGAAAGUAACAUACUCCCACCGCUCUAUACGGACUUGCUUCCUCUCCUCGCCCGCACAGAAGGGAAAGCUCCUGGUCAACGACUUCAACACAACAUCCGCAUGGUCGGCCUCGCACCUCACUUGCCUUAAAACCCUCACAUCGCCAUCCACAAGCGGGACAAUGAGCAUCUGGGCCCAGCUGGCGCGCUGCAUCGAGUGCUCUCUCGCCUUGACAGCUCAGGACGGCAAAGUGCACAUUACAUACGUGUCCAGCGCACUGGACACCGCGCUAGCGCACCACACGCAAUCCCCGACGAGUUCGAGCAGCUCGAGUCUAGCAAGCAGCAAACGACCAACAAGCUCCUACCCCUCCGCGCCCGUGGUCGUCAGCUCCGACUUACCAUCGUUUCCCGGCAUACCGCUGACAACGAGUCUCGACCUCGCCGUAUUCCUGAACUUACAGUCAUACGUGGCUGUAAAGGCCAAGGACGCUGACAGGAAAGCGGUACGGCAUGCCAUGGACUACAGCGCUGCGAUGCGGAAGAGGAUCGGUGUUGGCGGCGAGGCGAUGUGGCUGGGUAGCAAGGAGAAGGGGAGUGGAAGGGGGCUGGAGAAGGUGAGAGCCGAGUAUGGGAAGAACAGGUCGGAGGUGGAUGCGCUGCUGGAGUAUUAUGUGCAGGCGGUGCGGUGGGGGAAGAAGCCGCCGGUGCUUGAGCUGCCUGAGACGGUGUGAAGGGGGUGUUAGGAGAUGAUGGUUUGUGG